GACGAGCAGUAAUCCACUCCCCACGGAGCUUCACCUUUCUCUGUACGGUCUCCAUCCCGUAUUCAUGGACCUGGAGGUGCAGAUGCACUCUGCGCUCUUGCUUCCCAUCUCCUCCGAGUUUGCGCUUUAGGUGCGCUCCCGGCUCGAGGCACGUCCCGCUGCUGGGCAUAAGGAGACAGCUAUUAUUUUGUCGAUCGCUGAGACAUCACUGUGCAGGACAGAGGGGGACAGCAGAGAGCACAGUCGUGAUAGCAAAGGCUGUUUCAGGAUACCUGAGAGCGGCUUUUUGUGCCCUCCAUCAUGGCGAGCGACUCUCCAGCUCGGAGUCUGGACGAAAUCGACCUGUCCGCGUUGAGGGAUCCUGCUGGCAUCUUUGAGCUGGUUGAGCUGGUGGGAAAUGGCACCUAUGGGCAGGUGUACAAGGGUCGCCAUGUUAAGACAGGGCAGCUUGCAGCCAUCAAGGUCAUGGAUGUCACCGGGGAUGAGGAAGAGGAGAUUAAAGCCGAAAUUAACAUGCUGAAGAAAUACAGUCACCACCGGAACAUCGCCACCUACUAUGGAGCAUUUGUCAAGAAAAACCCUCCUGGCAUAGAUGACCAGCUAUGGCUGGUCAUGGAGUUCUGUGGAGCCGGCUCAGUGACAGACUUGAUCAAGAACACCAAGGGCAACUCUCUGAAAGAGGAGUGGACCGCUUACAUCUGCAGAGAGAUUCUCAGGGGUCUGACUCAUCUCCAUCAGCACAAGGUCAUCCACAGAGACAUCAAGGGACAGAAUGUCCUGCUGACUGAGAACGCAGAGGUCAAACUAGUGGACUUUGGUGUUUCAGCCCAGUUGGACAGAACAGUAGGAAGGAGGAACACGUUUAUUGGGACGCCAUAUUGGAUGGCACCAGAGGUUAUCGCCUGUGACGAGAACCCUGACGCCACGUACGACUUCAAGAGUGAUUUAUGGUCACUUGGAAUCACAGCAAUAGAGAUGGCUGAAGGAGCACCACCGCUGUGUGACAUGCACCCAAUGAGAGCCCUCUUCCUCAUCCCGCGCAACCCUGCCCCCAGACUCAAGUCAAAGAAGUGGUCGAAGAAGUUCCAGUCAUUCAUAGAGAGCUGUCUGGUGAAGAGUCACGGCCAGAGACCCAGCACAGAGCAGCUCCUCAAACACCCCUUCAUAAGAGACCUGCCCAAUGAGAGGCAGGUCCGCAUUCAGCUGAAGGACCACAUCGACCGCACCAAGAAGAAGAGAGGAGAGAGGGAUGAGACAGAGUAUGAGUACAGUGGCAGUGAAGAGGAGGAUGAAGAAAGAGACAUGGGUGAACCAAGCUCCAUCAUCAACAUCCCUGGAGAGUCGACCCUGAGGCGGGACUUCCUGCGCCUCCAGGUGGCCAAUAAGGAGCGUUCGGAUGCGCAGCGGCGGCAGCAGCUGGAGCAACAGCAGAAUGAGGAGCACAAGCGCUUACUGUUGGCUGAGAGACAGAAACGCAUCGAGGAGCAGAAGGAGCAGAGGAGGCGGCUGGAGGAGCAGCAGCAGCGAGAGCGUGAGCUGAGGAAACAGCAUGAGAGGGAACAGAGGAGGCGCUACGAGGAAAUGGAGCAGCUCCGUAGAGAGGAAGAGAGGAGGCAUGCAGAGAGAGAACAGGAGUACAAACGUAAGCAGGUAGAGGAACAGCGGCAGGCGGAGCGGCUACAGAGGCAGCUCCAGCAGGAGAGAGCCUACUUGGUGUCUCUACAACAGCAGCAGCAGCAGCAGCAGCAGCAGCAGCAGCAACAGCAACAACAACAACAACAACAACAGCAACAGCAGCAGCAGGAGGGAAGGCAAGCAGAAAAGAAGCUUUACCACUACAAAGAUAUCGUCAAUCCUAGUGACAAGCCUGCCUGGGCUAAAGAGGUCCCGAAGAAGCAGCAUGUUCAGGGUAACACACCCCGCUCCCACCUACGGCAUCACCAGUCAUUCAACCAACCGGCUUCAUCCUCUGGCUCUCAUGGCCAACACAGAACUCAGGCCCCUAGGCGAUCCCCGUCCCAUGGUGCCCAGCUCCUCUCCACAAACCUCCCCCGUAUCCAUAUUUCACUAGACUCCAGAGAACCCCUAGAUCCAGGGCUGAAGCAGGAGAUAAGCCAGCAGGUCAGAGAGUUUAGGGCUCAGAAACUUAGUCAGAGGGGCCGCAGCCCAGGGCCCAUCCAGAAACAAAUCCAAGCUGCUGGCCAAGGGCCCAUUAAGGGUUCUAUUAAGAGUUGUAAAGGGCAUUCUAGUCAAGAGCCAGUCAGUCAGUCUAAUCUAGUACCCAACCCUUAUCUUCUGGAGCCCAGUAAUCAGAAAGAGAAGCCUAGAGACAGGCCUCUCUCUGCACCCAGUCAGGCAGCCAUCCAGGGGCUAGUAUCUCUGGACCCACAGUUUAAGGCUCUUCAGCCUCAUCCUCAGUCCCCGGGACAGGCCCUGAACCUGCAGUCUGGAUCUAACCCUGUUUCCAACCCUGCGGUCAAACUGGUGGAGGAACGAUCUAAGAUGAACAGACAGAGCUCCCCAGCGCUGCAGCACAAAGUGUCCAACCGCAUCUCCGACCCCUCCCUCCCUCCCCGCUCCGAGUCCUUCAGCAGUGGUGGCAUGCAGCCUGCCCGCACCCCACCCAUCCACCGCUCCAUUGAACCACAGAUUGCCCACCUGGUCCCAGUGAAGACACACUCCAGCUCCAUGUCUGGCUCUCAGUCUCUGCAGGACCAGUCCGGCUCAGCUCUGAGUGAGGGCAUCAGUGUAGCCUCCCCCAGGCCCGAGAUGCCCCGCCAGAACUCAGAUCCCACUUCUGACACCCCCGGUCCCCCGCCACGUGUCACAGGCAGGGAGGAACGGGAACGGGACAGAGACAGGGAUCGUGACAGGACCGCCUGGCUAAGAGAGGAGGACAUCCCACCCAAGGUCCCACAGAGGACCACUUCCAUCUCCCCAGCCUUGGUCAGGAAGAACUCCCCUAAUGGAGGAGUGGGUCCGGGCCCUCGCACGAGUUCUCAGUUCAUACGGGCCAGUAACCCAGACCUGCGCCGCUCAGAACUCUCUCUGGACGCCAUGCUGCAAAGAACUUCCUCAAACUCGUCAUCCUCCUCCUCCCCUUCAUCUCAGGGAGGCUCAGCCGAGAGGAGAGGUCAAACCAAGCAGGAAGGAUCCCCUCCAGGAGCUAAUCAGGAGGCAAAGCCCAAACAGGAGGAGGGCCGUGAAUCCGCCAGACCCAGCAGACCUGCUGACCUAAGUGCACUGGCUAAGGAGCUCAGAGAAUUGAGGGUAGAGGAGGGUAGCAGACCUCCAGUCAAGGUGACAGAUUAUUCGUCCUCAAGUGAAGAUACAGAUAGCAGCGAUGAAGACGGGGAGACAGUAGGGCAUGAUGGGACUGUUGCUGUUAGCGACAUCCCCCGUAUCAUGCCAGCAGUGCAGGGCAGCACUGAGUCGUAUGGAGGGCUAACAGAGGACUCCCUGGGAGAUGCCUAUAAUAGCUCCAAGGAUGGCACUCUAGUGAUGAGAGAGGCAGAUGAGAGGAGGAGAGGUGGUCACACGGAGAGCAAUGGGUUCGGAAAUCACAGUAACCAUGGUAACCUCCCUGACCUGGUGCAGCAAAGCAACUCUCCCUCAGCCACACCCACCACAGCCCUGCAGGAACUGGGUGAAAUGGCUGAGUUUGGUGUGGGCGGGUCCAAAGCGUCCUUCACCCCAUUUGUUGAUCCACGUGUCUAUCAAACCUCCCCAAGUGAAGACGACGAUGAGAACUCAGCGGCAGCUAUGUUUGCUAAUGAGCUGCUGAGGCAAGAGCAGGCCAGACUAAACGAAGCCAGAAAGAUCUCUGUGGUCAAUGUCAACCCUACCAACAUCAGACCCCACAGUGACACACCAGAGAUCCGCAAAUACAAGAAACGCUUCAACUCUGAGAUCCUGUGUGCUGCGCUCUGGGGUGUGAACCUGUUGGUGGGGACGGAGAAUGGUCUUAUGCUGCUUGACCGAAGUGGACAAGGAAAAGUCUAUAACCUGAUCACGAGACGGCGCUUCCUACAGAUGGAUGUGCUGGAGGGGCUCAAUGUGCUAGUCACCAUAUCUGGGAAAAAGAACAAGUUGCGUGUCUACUACUUGUCCUGGCUGAGAAACAGAAUAUUACAUAACGACCCGGAAGUAGAGAAGAAGCAGGGUUGGAUUACCGUUGGGGAGCUGGAGGGCUGUGUCCAUUACAAAGUUGUCAAAUACGAAAGGAUUAAGUUCCUGGUGAUUGCACUGAAGAACUCUGUGGAAAUCUAUGCCUGGGCUCCCAAACCCUACCACAAGUUCAUGGCCUUUAAGUCAUUCACCGAGUUGCAGCACCGCCCCCAGCUGGUUGACCUGACCGUGGAGGAAGGUCAGAGGUUAAAGGUCAUCUAUGGCUCCAGCGUGGGCUUCCAUGUCAUCGAUGUGGACUCGGGCAACCCUUACGACAUCUACAUCCCCUCACAUAUCCAGAGCCAGGUGACGCCGCAUGCCAUCGUGGUGCUCCCUAAAACGGAUGGAAUGGAGAUGCUGCUGUGUUACGAGGACGAGGGCGUCUAUGUCAACACCUAUGGUCGAAUCACCAAGGACGUGGUGCUACAGUGGGGAGAGAUGCCUACCUCUGUUGCCUAUAUCCAUUCUAAUCAGAUUAUGGGCUGGGGUGAGAAAGCCAUAGAGAUCCGCUCUGUGGAGACAGGUCAUCUGGAUGGAGUCUUUAUGCACAAAAGAGCCCAGCGACUCAAAUUCCUUUGUGAGCGGAAUGACAAGGUAUUCUUCGCAUCGGUGCGAUCGGGAGGUAGCAGCCAAGUUUUCUUCAUGACCCUCAACAGAAACUCUAUGAUGAACUGGUGAUGGCUCCUCCUUCUUUCCACCCUGCCUCACUCUCCCAUUGGCCAGCCCGGCCACCCACCUUGGCCCGCGGCAGAUCUCACAAAAUGAACCCAAUUGCCCGAGAGGCCACAAGUAAACUCUUCUAACACUGGAGAGAAUAAAAUCUGUUGCUGUUUUAAACAAAAAGACAUGUUACCCUAGA